AUGAGCGACACAACAAGCGCGGCGAACGAAAUGAACGCGAGAAGAGAGCAAGCCUUGCGCCUGCACAUGCUCGAGCACGAAGCCAUGGCACGAAUUCGAGCUAACCGGAACUCCACCCGACCCGAGCAAACUGAUCGCCAGUACUCUGCCAAGCAAAUGGAGUAUAUUCAAUGGAAUCAGACAUGUGGGUACACCGACGAGCACGUCACACCGGCCAAAAUGGUGCUCUUUCUAACGCAAGUUCAAGACCGGCCAGUGCGAUCAACUAGUCGCAAGCAAGCCACGAGGCCCUCAGACUCUCAACAAGCGGUGGACCAGCUUGCUUGCGAACAUGCUGAUGGGUCAACUACCGAAGGCGAGGGCAGCGGGCGCAUCAUUGGUUAUCACACCUUGGCAGCCUACGCAAAUGCAUUGAUGGACAUUUGGAAGUUUCAGUUCGACUUGAAGCAAAACCCGCUCACCCCAAUACGUCCGGCGAGCGUGAAGGAACUGCUGAAGCAGAAGAAGAUGGCGGUGGUUCAAAAGGAGAACACAGAGUUCGCGGAUCGAGGAUGUGGAACUAUGGCAGACUGUGUGGAUCCUGCAGCACUUCGGCAGAUCAGCGACAAGUUCUUCAUGGACGGCACCGAACAAGGCUUGAAACAUCGUGCCGACAACCUGAUGUCUUUGGCCUUGUGUACACGUGGUGACAACCUGCGCCGCUUGACGCUGUCUGAGAUUGGUUUGGUUUCAUUCGAGGGCGAAGGCGUCAAUGGUGCCAGUCUGUUCCGCUGUGUGUGGCGCAAAUCGAAGCGCAACCAGUAUGGAAACGUUGAGCAGACAACAUUCAUGCGUCACAAGGACGUAACCCCCAUGGCCUGA